AUGGCUUACUAUAAAUCGACUCCCAAGCCAGGCCUGGGAUCGCAGACGCUUGCUAGGACCCCCGAAACUGCUUUCAAAAUAGCACAUCAGCGGGUGUCAAUAGAUGUGGACUUGUCAAACCACUCUUUGAACGGCUCUGCUGAAAUCAUACUGAUACCACUCAGUGAUAAACUCGAAUUUGUGACGUUGGACUGCAAAGAAAUCCAAAUAACGGAUGUCAUAGUCGAAAAUAGACGUUGUGAUCAUUAUAUCCACGAUGAUCCUUACAGAUGGUAUGCCGACAAAUACAGCACCGGAAAGCUCUCCGAGUCUCCCCUUUUUGUUAACAAUUCGGUGGAGCAAGCUCAUUUUCUUCGAAACAAGUUUGCAGAGCUCAAUUUGCCCUCAGAAUCCUCAGACGCAACCCGUUCCCAAGUCACAAUCCGAAUUCCACCUUCUGUAAAAAUCACACUCCAGGACGCCAAUGCAGUAUCUUCGUUCACCCCAAUAACACCCUCAAUUCGUACUCCUGCGCAGGAUACCAUUUAUUCCCCCAUAACAAUCAAGAUUAACUACCAACUUCAAAAUCCUACAAGUGGGUUGCAAUUCGAUACCUGCAAUGAACAGCAUCUGUGGACAGCGUGUACGACUAAUACUGAAUGGAAUGCAAGUGCUUCUCACUGGCUGCCGUGUGUUGAUACCAUGGAAGAGAAAUGUACAUGGGAGCUAGAAUUCAGUAUACCCAAGAAGGUCAAGGACAUAGGAACUCGUAAUGUCAUAGGAGUCACAAAGCCCAACAAGAAACGGAAGAUACGAGACGAUAGUAUCGAGGGGGCUGACACGGAGCGGCAUAUAGAUCAUGAAGAUGCACGGUCAACAAGACAUCGCUCUCGCCGGAAUGCAGAGGGAGAGCGAAAUGAAGAAGACGAUGAUGACGAACACUUAGACGAAGACGACGAAGAAGAUGAUGACGAGGACGAAGAGGAUAAUCCGCUAAACCGUGACAUGGUUGUUUGCGCUUCGGAGUUUUCAACGGGCAAGGAAAGUUCGCAUCCCACUGAUCUCUCUAGAAAACUGGUUUCUUUCCAAAUUUUUAAUCCCGUGGCGCCUCAUCAUAUUGGAUGGGCAGUUGGUGCUUUUCAGGCUUGGACUCUGCCGCAAAUCAAGACUCAGGGUGAACCAGAAGAAGAAAGCGAAGAAUCACCUGCCAUUGCAGAAGUUCCCGACGAUGAGGAGCCAGACGUGAUCCCGAUCCAGGUUUACACGUUACCGAGCCCUGACAUUGACGAGCGAGUUAUUCUUAAUUCGACGUUGGUCACACAAGAAAUAUUGGACUUUUACGCGCGAGAAUUUGGAUCGUAUUCUUUCACCUCUUACUGCCUCCUCUUUUUACCUUCAAUACCUGCCGAGUGCACGGAUUUCGCUGGUGCCACUUUUUGUAACACCAGGUUGCUGUAUCCACCUGAAAUUAUUGAUCUAACAUUUUCAACAACUGACAAACUAAGUUGGGCAUUGGCAACGCAGUGGUCGGGAGUCAACGUAACACCCCUAGAGCUGAAUGACAUAUGGUGUUGCAUCGGAAUGGCAGGCUAUAUGUCCCUUCAGUUUUCUAAACACUUAAUGGGACUGAACGAGUUCAAAUAUAGAGUUAAAACCUUAUCUGAACGAGUAGCAGACCGAGAUUGGGAAAAGCCGCCAAUGGCGGGCGCUUUUGCACAGGCCUCAAUGCCUGUCACGUCUCUCUCGAAAGAGUUGGAAUUUCUAAAGCUGAAAGCCCCCAUCGUACUGUACAUUUUAGAUCGCAGAAUGACCAAAACAGAACGAUCUUUUGGUAUGUCUCGUGUUUUGCCAAAGAUAUUUCUACAGGCGAUGUCGGGGGAUCUUCCAAACAGUACCCUGUCUACCUCACACUUCCAGCAUGUUUGCGAACGAGUCAACAAGAAUAAGCUUGAGAACUUUUUCAAAGAAUGGGUAUUCGGAUCCGGUGUGCCUAUAUUCCGAAUUACUCAACGUUUCAAUAAAAAGCGAAUGGUUGUGGAAAUGGGAAUUCGUCAAUGUCAGGUUCAAGAGAUAGCCCAAGAUAAAACUGUGGGGGCGGAAGGCUUUCAGUCCAGUGCACUGAGCCAUAUUUCUUAUCCAAACACAAAUUUGACACCUGUGUUCACUGGAUCUAUGACCAUCAGAAUUCAUGAAGCUGAUGGUACACCAUAUGAACAUAUUGUUGAGCUCAAAGACACAUUUACAAAGCUUGAUAUCCAAUACAAUACCAAAUAUAAGAGGCUAAAAAGGCGAAGGAAGAUUAACAAAUCUGCUAAACACGAUGGAAAGGAUCAAACUCCUUUUGAGACAGCGGAUAUGGCUGGUCCUGAUGAAGAAAACGAGGAUAUUGUUCUCGUGAAUUGUCUCGGUGAUGUAUUAAUGGGUGCUAAAGAUUGUCAGCAAUGGAAUCUUACAGACCCUCUAAUGACAAGCGAAGGCGACGAAUUCCAACAACAAAACGAGGCUUUUGAAUGGAUUAGAAUUGAUGCAGAUUUCGAAUGGGUUUGCAAAGUCUACAUUAAUCAGCCGGACUACAUGUUUGCCUCCCAAUUGCAGCAAGAUCGGGAUGUAGAGGCGCAGAUCGAUAGCAUAAGAUUUUUUCAAGAUGUUGUGAUGAAUUCAAAUGAGAAUUCUCUAGUAUAUUCAUCGAUUUUGACCCGUACUGCUAUGGAUGAUAGAUAUUUCUACGGGGUUAGAGUGGAGGCGUGCAGAGCGUUGUCCAGCUUUGUUGUGUCUCAGGCAAACUCAGACCAUUUCAUGGGAGGUGCAAAGCAUUUGAUCAAGAUUUUUCAGCACUAUUUCUGUUACGAGAAUUCUAGCAUCCCGUUCAACAAUGAUUUCUCUUCUUAUCAGCGCUAUUUCUUACAAGGAGCGAUUCCUCAUCUCCUUUCGCAGGUAAAAAAUGACAAUGAUCUCUGCCCCAGGUUUGUGAAGCGGUUUUUGCUCAACAUUGUGAGAUAUAAUGAGAACGCAGAAAACAGCUACGACGACACGAUUUACGUCGUAAAUCUUAUAAAAAGUGCUGUCACGAGCGCUCUUAAUGAUCCUGACGAUGAACCUUUCUACCGAGAUCUUCUCCACGAGUUGCGAAGGUUCAAAAACCUGGAUCAGUGGAUACCUUCGUAUCAAUUACUGGUCACAAAGUGUAUUAUGGAUCAACAUUUGAGGCUGGCUGUCGAUGGCUUUUAUGUCUACGAAGAUAUCUCACAAAUUCUGGAGUAUACACUGAACGAGAAGUCCACCCCAUCGCCGGGAAGUUGCAGGCACUACCGUGAGGGGAUGCAAGAUCUUCUUUUGACUUCUUUCAAAAUUCUUCUUGUCGAAGGGGGCAUAAAGAACAAAGAGGCUCUGAAGCUGUUCUUUGAGUACAUGCUCUUUCAUCCCGAUCCCUACAUCAGGACAAACCUGAUAGGCUCGCUUGUUGAUGCCAUUGAUUUCAUCGCCGAAAAAAGGUAUCUUGAUUUUCUAGAUGAUGAUUUUGAAAGUCUGCACGCAAGCGCCAACACGGCAGUAAACGCGGAAUCUUCAGAUUUGGGGGACACUAAUAUCAUCGUGGAGAGUUUCAGCGCUGAAACGGCCAACAAGAGGGAAACGCAACUGAGGGGAACGAUUAACGGGCUGGUCACUCUCAUGCGCCGAAAAUUCGCAUCCUAUGAGCCUCUGAAACAGAUAAUAUGGGACACUUUGCAUUCCCCAUUGGCUAGCGUCUACCAGAAAAAACGCCUCUUCGAUCUGGUGCGUGUAAUUUAUCAAAUGGAGGACAGAUUCUGCGUUAGACUUACGAUUCCAAGAGACCGCAAGCUCAUGGCGAAGAACAUGGGUAAGGGCGUGGUCAAACUACGUCGUGAAGGCAUUCUGAAGGUUCAUCUAGCUCCUAAGGCUAAAAUAAUUGCUAAGCGAAAGCCUUCCAUGACACCGAAAUCUUCGACAUUGAAGGUAAAACUUAACGCAACCAACGUUAAAAAACCAUCGUCACCAGCCAAACCGCGUGGUGGUGCCGGGGGUGCUACUGCGCAAGGUACGACUGUCCCAGUCUCUCCAAAGAAAAGCAGCAAGCCGGUGAAAAGUUCCAUCACAAAAAUUGGCACUCUUCCUCUCAGGUUUAUCAGAAUUUCUUCGCGAAAACGUUCUGUUGAUAUUUCGGCCGUGUCAUUCAACAACAAUGUCAGUAUUGUGAAGUCAAAUGCCAGAUCUCUGGUGGUGAAGAUUCGGACAGCCCAAGGCAAGGUUGUACCAAAGAAAGAAUCUUUAUAA